CAUCUUUUAUGUCAAGUUGCAUGUUUAAUUGAACAAAUUGAAUGGAAAAGCAUUUAUGUUUUGGUGGAUACACAUAGGUAGGUAUUGACUUUGAAUCCGAUUAACUCAUGUUCCUCAAAUCUCAAAUCAUAAUAAAUUCUGAAUGAAACACCAACGUACAAACGAUGUGUUUCAUAACAUUCUCAUUCCCAUAAAAAAAAACGACCUGAAAGAACAAUUAAUCUCAAAACAUGUUCGCACUCACCUUUCACUUUAAAUAAUGCAAUAAUGAGAACUGGAUGUAGGUAAGCUAUGUAAAUCAAAAUCGAUGAACUUACACAUGUACCUAUAUGCUAAUAAUAUGCUGGAGUAUUUUGAUACGUUUCAUCGCGUUUGUACAUUUCAGUAGUGAUGCUCGCGAAAUGAAUGUAUGUUCGGGAUUAGUUAUUUUUUUAUGGAAUUUUUUAUUCAGCCAUGCUCAACUGCUAAGAAGACCUUUUCAACGUGAAGUGCAAAAAGAAUUACCAUCACAGCUGCUCAAUAAUACGGCGGAUUACAUAGAACAUUAUGGUUACACAGCAGAACAUCACAAUGUGAUCUCGGCAGACGGAUUUCUCAUUUCUGUAUUCAGAAUACCCAGCGAAGGGACGCCAAUUUUAUUACAACAUGGUUUGCUUCUCGCAUCGGACUCGUGGGUAUUACAAGGGCCGGAAUAUGAUUUGGCAUUCAUUCUAGCCGAUAAAGGUUACGAUAUUUGGAUAGCUGAUAAUAGAGGCAAUACAUAUUCAAGAGCACAUCUCAAAUUAUCGCCGAAAAGCGCCAAGUUUUGGAAUUUUAGUUUUCACGAAAUGGGAUACUACGACAUGCCAGCAGUGAUCAACUAUAUUUUACAAGUUACCAAGCACAAAGCAGUAGAUAUCAUAGGACAUUCGAUCGGAGCAACGAAUGCCCUAAUAAUGUGUUCCACAAGACCCGAAUAUAAUGAAAAAGUUCGUUCUGUGAUUGCCUUGGCUCCGGGUGUAUUUUAUAACAGCUCCUCUCAGUCAAACGUUCAGCAAAUCUUGGCUCGUUAUGGUCCUUAUUUGAAAUUCUUACAUGUACAUCACGGGGUCAACGAAUUCUUUCCUAGAAAUGAUUUGGCUAAUAGAGCAUCCAGAAUUAUGUGUCGUAUCGACUCUCCUUUAUACCAUUUAUGUUUAUUUUACAUGCAAAAUGUUCUUGGCUUCACAAGCAUAACAAAACAGCAUCAUAAACCUGCAAUCGACUACUCGAACGCAACACCACGAGGAGUAUCAUACAAAACAUUAUUACAUGUGGCACAAUUGGGUCAGGUAGGAAAAUUAAUGCAAUUUGAUUACGGGCCAAAAACAAAUAUUAUGGUGUAUGGAACAAGAAUCCCACCAGAAUACAAUUUAAGUGAAGUAACAGCACCAGUAGCUUUACUGUAUAGCGAUGGUGAUGUUCAUAUAGCUUCCCAAGAUGUAUCGCUUUUGCAAACCCAGUUACCAAAUGUUGUGGCCAGUUAUCGAAUAGAUAAGCAUUUAUUUAAUCAUUUGGACUUCGUUUGGGGUGGCGAUGCCAGAGAAACCGUCUAUGAUUUCAUAUUGGAAAUAUUCAAUCAUUUAGACAACGAAAACAUCGAUUCGGAAACAUAAACAAAAUGUUUUGAUUGUUCAAUAUUACGUAAAAAAAAAUGAUUACAGGUUCCUCACAUUAAACACUAUUGUCUUCAA